GCUGUGGAGGAGUUUCUGGGUGAGGUACGCAGCAGAGAGCUGCCCCAGAGUGCUGCUCUGGUCUCCCAGACAACAGCAGUUAAGUUCCUCAUGGCCCGCAAGUUUGACGUCUCCAGAGCCAUCGACCUCUUCCAGGCAUACAAGGAAGUGGAUUCCUAUCUUCUGAAGCCUGGUGUCCUGUAAAGCCUAUGACUCUGCUGCCACAAAGCGCACAGUCAGCCUCACCCUUUCAAUCUGUAAUCCUCUUCACCUUGUCAUCCUGUCUUGUUUAUCCAACAAGAACACCAGGAUAAAAGAGGGCAUCUUCAAUAUCAAUCCAGGAGAGGAGCCACUGCGCUCGGAACUGUUGAGUGGCAAAUUUACUGUUCUGCCUGGUCGUGAUGCGAACGGUGCUGCUCUUGCUCUUUUCACCGCUCGUCUUCACCGACCUGAUGUCACUACCCACAAGGCCGUGCUUCAGGCCAUCAUCUACCAGCUGGACAAAGCCAUCGAGAGUGCUCAGACCCAGCGCGAAGGGCUCAUAUUCAUCUAUGACAUGACCAACUCCAGCUAUGCCAACUUUGACUACGAGCUCUGUGUCAAAAUCCUCAACCUGCUGAAGGGGGCAUUCCCGGCCCGUCUGAAGUGUGUAUUCAUUGUGUCGUCACCACUCUGGUUCCGAGCUCCCUUUGCCGUCCUGCGCCUCUUUGUCCGCGAGAAGCUCAGAGAGCGGGUGUGUACGGUGAAGGCUCACGAGCUGGCCAAUCACAUCCCAGUCUCCUCGCUCCCAGAGCACCUGGGUGGGACCUCUCAGUACAGCCACGUUGCCUGGAUACAGUCCUGCGUCAACAAACACACACACGCCAACCCAGGAGAGAUGUUCACACAGGACACACAUGACUGCGUGGGCAGCCUGUUGUGCUCCUACUACCUGGAUCCCAACAACGCUAGCGCGGGUGCUAUGCUAACCACGGCUCAAACCUCCAUAGGCUCCAACACAAACCCCCAGUUGGUGUUAGCCUCCCAGCUAGCCACAACCAACUCCAACUGCUAUGACGAUAGCAAUGCUAACCAACACAACCACUGUGACGGUGUGGAUGGCAGGACUCGUGGCCAGGCCCUGACCCAGCAGCAGCACAGCCCACAUUUGGGUCAGAACCGGCCACAUGGGAACCACCAACACUGGAACGGUUCUGCUGUGACGGCGGGGUCAGGGAUUAAUAGCGGCACCACCCCCAACGCUAAUGUUAACGGUCGUGGCCGCCAGCCUCCUCCCCAGUCCGAGACCCCCCCGGACACACCAUUGCAUCAGAAGGGAAGUGAGGCCGUGCUCGUUGACAAGCCCUCAGGCUCCACCCACAUCGUGGACAACCAGGAAGUGGAGGACGAGAAUCACGGGGAGGAGGAUGAUGAUGAUGAGGAAGGGGAAGGGGUUCCUCCGCUGCCCCAGAAAUCUCUCCCCCGACCCCCUCAGCACCCGUGCCCCCCCCUGCCCUCCUCGUGGGGGCCUGAGGAUGAGGAAGAGGAGGAGGAGGAGGAAGACUUGUGUGCUGAGGUGUCCAUACACAUGCCUGAAUCCGGGGGCAUGACGGUACAGCAGCUGGUGGAAUACGUGAAGAAGCAGAAGAAGAAGGGGAUCUACCAGGAGUACGAGGAGAUCCGCAAAGAGCCGCCCGCCGGGACCUUCGACUACUCCAAGAAGCCCGCCAAUCAGAUCAAGAACAGGUACAGCGACGUUCUCUGUCUGGACCAAUCCCGAGUGCGGCUGUGUCAGCUGGGUGAUGAUAGGGAUGAGACUUCGGACUACAUUAAUGCCAGCUUCAUGGACGGGUACAAGAGGAACAGCGCUUACAUUGCCACUCAGGGUCCAUUGCCGAAAACCUUUGGUGAUUUCUGGCGCAUGGUGUGGGAACAGAUGGUGCUUAUCAUUGUCAUGACUACCAGGGUGGUAGAGCGCGGGCGUGUGAAGUGUGGUCAGUACUGGCCCCUAGAGGAUGGGAGGACUGAGCAACAUGGCUAUUUCCUGGUGAGGAACACGAAUGUCCAGGUGUUCCACGACUUCAAGCUUUCUCAUCUGGAGCUCUAUAACAGCCAGACAGGGGAAAGACGGGAGGUGUCCCACUACCUCUACGUCAGCUGGCCAGAUUUCGGAGUGCCUAAGUGUGCGUCGGCCAUGUUGGACUUCCGUGAGCACGUGCGUCAGCAGCAGGAGGCGGCGCUCCAAAGCCUGGGCUCCCAGUGGGCGGGGCCUCCGGGGGGGCCGCCUCUGGUGGUACACUGCAGCGCAGGCAUCGGACGCACAGGUACGUUCUGCACGCUGGACAUCUGUCUGGCCAGGCUGGAGGACAUCGGGACGGUGGACGUGCGACAGACGGUCCGCCGCAUGCGUGGCCAGCGGGCCUUCAGCAUCCAGACCUGGGACCAGUACUACUUCUGCUACACCGCUGUCAUCGAGCACGCCCAGCGCAACGGGAAACUGUCCCCCGUACAGUGGUCCGACUCCGACCUGGAGACAGACAGCGAGUGAUGCAGGGAGGGAGGGAUUGGGAGGAGAGGAGUAGAAAUGGCUCCAGCCAAACUGGGAAGAGGAGCGGAGGAGUGACAAGAGAAGGAACGCUGGUAGAGGACGGGGAGGGGGGGGGGGGGGGGGAAGAGGAUGGAGGGAUAGAUUGAAGAGGCCUCCAUGUGGUGUAGCAGACCCCCUCGAAAGAUCCCAAGAGGAGGUGGAGGAGCUGCAUCCGUUCAUUGAGUUGUGCAGACAAUUUUCAACUCCCAUUUUUGACAUGGCCCAUCUCCAGAGAGAGGUGGGCCCUGCCCUGAGACCGACGGGUCUGCCCAUGACAGCCACGUACACGUUGUAGCAUUUUGAUAUUGACUUGCACAUGAGGAAUGACAAACUUGAACUAGAAUCCCGACCUUUCACCUUUGACUUUCCUGUUCCUUUGGUAUUGGUCGAUUGUGUGUCCUUCCUUUGUGCAUGGUGUGUGUAUGUGUGUGAGAUCGUGAGACAAAAAGUGAAACUUGAAUACUUCAGUUGUAUUUUUCCUGAGUGUGUGUGUGUCUGUGUGUGAACAACAGGAGCCGGAGGUGGGACUGUGUGUGUGUGUGUGUGUGUAAACGUUAACGAUAGCAGGUCAAGGUGGGGCCGUAUGUUGUUUCCAUGUGUCAACGACAGGAGAUCGAGAUAUAUCAAGUUCAUAUCUGGUUUCUCUCCGUUUUCUUUGGACUUGCUUGUUUCUUGUGUACUUUAGUUUUUCUAUGGUGGAUUUGUAUGUGCGUUUCAUAACUGCAUAUGUAGACUAACCUCACAAAGCCAAAGCCCUGAAUGCUUGGAUGUACUCUUGACUAAGAUAUUAUGACUAAAGCCGUGUAUAUUCUUGUAACAUACGUUUAUAUAUUGUGCAUAAUAUCAAACUGAAAGAACAACAAACAAACAAAAAAAAAGCCUUGUUUUAAUAUAAGUGACUAAACCUUGAAAAGUCUAUAGUAGGCUAGCUAGACUCUUAGGAGGAAGAGAGUGAAUGCUUUGGAUGAAUAUUUAAAUAUGUAAUUGUAAACCUGUGUGAUUGUUCAGGUCUUGCAUCAUUUUAACUGUUCGGGCAUCCUGAUUGGACGGUUACAUAAAUAUUGGCCUUAAAACUUCCUGAUUCACUGCCUCGUCGUCCUCAGACUUCAAAUCUUUACACCCCCCUUUUGACAACUAGUGUUUUAUCCUUUAAAGCCCUAGCUUUGAACCUGUGUCAGACCCAUACUGAGCCUGUUACCCUGGUAAAAAAUAUCCUAAACUCCAUUAUCCUGCCUCUUCCUCAUAUCCACUCUCUUCUUGUUCAUGUCCGCUGAACAAGGUUAGACGAACGAUUCCUGAGGAGUUCUUUAAAUGUUGUAUUUUUGGUCAAGAAAAAUACAUUGUCGUAUUACGGUACCUGCUGCUGUGUGUCUGACCCAGGUUUCAUCCAGCUCUACAGGGUCAGUUGACACCAGGGUUCCAGUCAGACGCGUGUUCCCUGUUACUAGGGGUGGGUUACCUGUCGUGGGGAGGUGGAAGCGGGACCAAUGCUCCUUUUCUGUCUUUUUCUUCUUUCCCCCUGUUCCCCUGACGCCACGUCAGUGCUGAGUCUCACGAGUCACGCUGCCUCAGAUGUGCCUUCCUGUAGCGGCCCGGGGUGCAGUCUGCCCGCCCACGCAGCAACUGGACCCAAACGUGUGUACCUGCAUAGUACACCGUGCUGUGUCUCCGUCUAGCUCCUAGUACACGACCCUUGACCCUGAGUCCCAUGUGCCUCUCCAUAUGUACUCCAACCUAGUGCACUAUCUUGAUGUUGGGGGGGGGGGGGCCCGUUCUAGUACUCUUCAAACGCCUUACAGCCUGCUUCCUUUACCUGGCAUACAUGAGGAGGACGGAUGGAUGGAAGGGCUUUUCACUGAGAUGGGCUUAGGUUUAGAACUGGGUUUGUUUGGAGUCUUGACCGUAGACAUUAGACCUCAGGGGGUAAGAAAUACAAUGUUUAUUGUUUUUGGUUUAUUUUGCCAAGUUUUCUCACUAGUGUCAAAGAUAAUUUUUCUCUGCUUACCUCUAGUGAUUAUCAGUUAAAUUAAGUAUAUCAAUUUUUAUUUUGUAUUUUAUACAGCAUACUGUAAUAUUGUAUCCUAUAAUAUUUAUGUAUUUGUAAAACUUCAACAGUAUUGAAAAAUCAGUGAAUGUUGGUACGACGUUUAGGAAACCAAACCUGAAUUAAUUCAAUAAGCUGAAGAUCAGAUGGAGUGAAACACAAACGGGUUUGGAAGUUUCCAUUGAAUGAUUAUGAACAUGUGACCUGCCGUUGUCUUUUCAGUACUGAGUCACACAACAGUGGCUUGAAUCCAGGACAAUGUAUGUUUGGAGGAGAGUGGUGUUUCUAGGCACCAAGCCUGGAUCAGCUCUUAUGUAUCCAGAUUGCCUGUUUCAUCUUUGGACAUCCUACAAAUCACAAUCACAGGAGGAAGAAAACAACAGGAUUAUCCAGUGGACUGGCUGAUGUCUUUCCACAUGAUUGUUUUUUAAACUAGAGGGGUAAAAGGAAGGGCUUGAAGGAUAAAGUGACAGAGGAGAUGAAUGUUCAGCGGCCCAGGGGUUCAUACCUGAGCGGUGCAUGGAUGACCCUGGGGUGACCCUUGAUGCCAAAGGCCCCAGACUUUUCCUUUUGCCUGCACAGCCUUCAGGCAGGGUCCGAGCACCCCAGCCUUGCUCUCAGACAAACACGCCCGGAGCGCCAGGACACCCCUAUGGAACGUGGUCUGGGAUGGAAGGAGAAACAGAAUGUGUGCAGAGAAGGCCCCAGAGAGAGGCACUGGUGAGCUGUUUUCUCCUCGUUCCUGGACAGUGGAGAAUGCUAUGUGACGUUGGAGUUGGUGCUUCUUUUUUGUUUGUUUCUUUUUGUGCUUUAAGUUCUCGUGAUUGAAUAAUGGCCUUUUUACAUGCUGUCAGCCUGGCUGUUCAUUAAAACAAAGGUAUUAUUAUCCUGA